UCAGAGUUUUCCGGCCUGGAUGAGCAACCCUCUCGUUUAGCUUCCCCGAACAGCUGUGUACCCAAAUUUCUUCCCGCUUCAUUCCAUCGCCGAAUAUCGCGUUUCUAUUCUCCGAUCAAGAUAAUGCUCGCAGAUCAACUAGUGUUGCUCCUCCUUCUCGUCUCUGUCUCCUUGUCGCCGCCGGUCAGGUGUUUAGGUAAUAAUGGAGCAAGUGGGAAAGAGAGAACCUUGGCUAUGGUAAAGCCAGAUGGAGUCUCUGGUAGCUACACUGAAGAAAUCAAAAGGAUCAUUGUCGAGGCCAGUUUCAAUAUCGUCAACGAGAUGCUUACUCAGCUGGACAAAGAAGCAGCGUCUGCGUUUUACGACGAGCACUCAUCAAGGAGCUUUUUUCCUGACCUUGUUGCAUACAUGACAAGUGGUCCCGUGUUGGUGAUGGUAUUGGAGAAGACAGACGCGGUUUCUGAUUGGCGUGGCUUAAUCGGACCAACAGAUGCGCGAAAGGCUAAGAUCUCUCACCCUCGCAGCAUCAGGGCAUUAUACGGCAAGGACUCGCAAAGAAACUGUGUGCACGGCUCGGAUUCAACAUCAUCCGCUGAGAGAGAGAUCAAGUUUUUCUUCAAGGAUCUAGUUUCAGGUGACAUUGCUUCACAACAUGAUGAACUAUGAGAAACACCAAUUAAUACAGGUUCUUCAACCCAUGUUAUGUUUCUUUACUUUAGUUUUGGAUUGUAAUCUUUUACCGGUUGGGUUGAUUAUCUAUACUAGUCACAUACAUUGUCACAUUACAGAUUGAAAUGAUUUUGGAUUGAACUUUUUUAAUUUCGCCGCUAGCAAUUAUACAGUUUUGGAAAAACG